AUGGAAGAGUGGGAAAAUUUUCCCAACCAUCAAGAGGACAUUGAUAGCUGUUCAGAUUCUGUGAAAUUUGAUGCUCACACAAUGACAGCUUUGAUUCCUCUGAGUCCUAAAAAUGGUCCUUCCCUUCAGGAGAAACUCAAGUCCAUCAAAGCUGCACUGAUUGCCCUUUAUCUGCUUGUGUUUGCAGUUCUCAUACCUGUUAUUGGUAUCGUGGCAGCUCAAUUCCUGCCUUGGGAAGUGAAGAAUUGUUCGGCUGUUUUAAAGAAUGUGAAUGACACAGGAAUAGGAAACAAUUAUGACCAUGAAAUGAGAUUUCAAGAAGUUGUUGCAGAGCAAAUGAACAACAUGGAAAAGAAAAUCCAGUAUAUUUCAGAAUCAGAAUCGGAUCUCAUAAAAUCAGAGAAUUUCCAAAAUUUCAGCAUGAUGAAUGACCAAAAGUUUAAUGACCUUUUCUUCCAGCUAAGUACCUUGGCUUCCACAGUACAGGGACAUGGAAGCACAAUAGAUGAGAUAUCUAAAUCAUUAAUAAGUCUGAAUACCACAUUAGUUGAUUUGCAACUCAAUGUUGAAACACUGAAUACCAAAAUCCAAGAGAAUUCAUUUAAACAAGGAGAGGAGAUAAAAAAGUUAGAGGAGCAUGUGUACAAUGCAUCAGCAGAAAUUAUGUCUGUGAAAGAAAAACAAGUAUAUUUGGAACAGGAAAUAAAAGGAGAAGUAAAACUACUGAAUAACAUCACUAAUGAUCUCAGACUGAAAGAUUGGGAACAUUCUCAGACAUUGAAAAAUAUCAGCUUAAUUCAAGGUCCGCCUGGCCCCCCGGGUGAAAAAGGAGAUCGGGGUCCCAUGGGACCAGCUGGUGGCCGAGGCCUUCCAGGAGUAAUUGGACCUCCAGGUCUCAAAGGUGAUAGAGGAACAUCUGGUUUUCGUGGAUCUCCAGGAUCUUCAGGACCAAUAGGGAGGCCGGGGAGACAAGGAAAUCCUGGACAAAAAGGGCAGAAAGGGGAAAAAGGAGAUGGAAGGGUAAUAGUUCCACUGAAGACUGUUCGACUGGUUAGUGGUGGAGGCCCUCAUGAGGGAAGAGUGGAAAUUUUACAUGAAGGCCAGUGGGGCACAAUUUGUGAUGACCACUGGGAACUACGUAGUGGACAGGUCAUCUGCAGGAGUUUGGGCUAUCCAGGUGUUCACAGUGUGCACAAGAAAGCUUAUUUUGGACCAGGUACUGGCCCGAUUUGGCUGAGUGAAGUAUUUUGUUUUGGGAGAGAAUCAUCUAUUGAAGAGUGCAAAAUUAGACAGUGGGGUGCAAGAGACUGUACACAUUCUGAAGAUGCUGGGGUCAUAUGUGCUUUAUAACGUAUCGUAUUUUCACUCACAUUUGUACAAUCAUUGUUACAAAUUU